AUGAAAGACCCAUAUGCUCAGCCGCAGGAGGUCCUACCACUGCCAAACUUCACCUCUACCUGCAGAGACUUUGAGGGAUUUUGCGAUUAUAUAUUUCCUACACGGCCGGAUGAUAAAGUCUCUUGUAUGACUUCCGGCAUAGAACGCUGGGUCAACGAUUACUGCGGAUCUCCAGAGGACAUCGAAGAUAGAAUGACUGCAGAGCAAAAACAAGCUAUACUUGACUUUUUGGGGGAUUGGUGCCUUUACAAUGACUGGGACUCACUGAUCGCCACAUUUCCCAACCAACGCUUUCGAUUCCAUACAUUCACCCAGGCCGUCAUCAUGAAGGAUAUCUUUCAGAGUCUUGUCGAGAAUCCGUUCUACUACAUAGAUUUGGAAACCCAUUGGGAUGGGCGCUCAGAGACUCUUCAUCCUAGAUAUGGAAAGGAGCUAUAUCAACAUUGGCAAAAGCUUCUUCGUGUGGAUGAGUUAAGUGCCGAGAAAUGGCGUAUUGCCACAGUUCAAAUGAUGAACAGGUAUCUUGAGCCCACUGCCAGGCUGAAAACAGACCCUAUAUGGCCUGUUGAAGCAUGGGACUGCACUACUGGUAUACGGAGCUACAAUAUUAGGCAGAGGUAUGUGAAUCAGUUGGUUCGCAACAUGCUGGAUCGAUCCAGUCUCAUUUCGCCUAUGUUACUGGACCACGAUCCCAAGAAGGAGCUAGACACCGAGCACCCCUUCCAUCGGGAUGGACUGCUGCGUCGAUGCUAUGAGCAGGCCUGUGACUUUGCUGUCCAGAUGUGGGUCAGGGAGGAAUCGGUCAUCCGUUUCGAGGACAAAAUCAACGAGAUAGGCCCAUACACACUACCGAAAUACCCUGACAGGGCGGGCAUGCGUACCACGAAAAGAUGGUGGUCCGGCGGGCAUGAUGGACACGAUACUCCGCUUAAUGGUUCAACCGGAGAAUCACAUGAGGGACGAGAAACUGCGAUAAUUCUGUGGCCUGCAAUCUGGGAUGUCUAUUGCAGACAUAUCACCGUGCCUCCUUUGAGUCCAAAAUCGUUUUUUUCUAGGCACGGAGGAAGGAGUAAUCUUGAGAGGGUUAAGGAAGACACUUAUGUGGACGAGAGGGACUGGGUCUAUACUAUUAUUGCCUGUGGGUGUGUUUAUCUUGCGGGCAGAAGGUUCGUGAAGCCGGACGAUGCCCCUGGCAAGUGA